AUGUUCGCGGGAUGGCAAGUAAUUGCGGAGGAAGUCUUACGGGACCGAAUCGGGAAGCCUGACUACAUAGAGAUAAUUACGAUGGUGAUAGCUUGCCGUAUUCUGGUUAAGAAAGCAGUAGCUGCUGGUGCCAAGGCACUCUUCCUUCCUGAAGCUUCGGAUUAUAUCGCUUCAUCGAGUGCGGAGACAGUGUCAUUGGUUCGCUCUGUACAAGACAGCGAAUUUGUCCUGGGUCUUCAGAAAGAGGCCAGACAAGCAAAGUUGCCUAUCAAUGUUGGGAUUCAUGAGCCCGCCGAAGGUGGUACCAAGGUGAAGAACACCUUAAUAUGGAUUGAUGAACAAGGCGAGAUCGUGCACAGAUAUCAAAAGAUCCAUUUAUUUGACGUUGAAAUCAAAAACGGCCCAGUCCUGAAAGAAAGCGAGAGCGUCGAAAAGGGGACGGAAAUCCUUCCACCCUUUGACACGGCUAUUGGGCGUGUUGGUCUGUCAAUAUGUUUUGAUUUACGAUUCCCCGAGAUCAGCCUUGCACUCAAACGUCAAAAUGCGCAGAUCAUCACAUACCCAUCUGCAUUCACUGUUCCGACAGGAAAAGCACACUGGGAGGCUCUCCUCCGUGCACGAGCGAUUGAGACUCAGUCAUAUGUGAUUGCUGCCGCGCAGGCUGGGCCUCACAACGAGAAAAGAACCAGCUAUGGUCACUCGAUGAUUGUCAAUCCCUGGGGAGAAGUGGUUGCAAAGCUAGGGGGCGAAUAUAAAGAGCCCGAAAUUGCGACUGCAGAGAUUGACCUCGACCUUGUAGCCAAAGUCCGAUCCGAAAUGCCACUACUGCGAAGGACAGACGUUUACCCUGAGUUUUGCACACUGUUUCAAACCUCAACAUGGUGCACUUCUCUGUAUACCAAGCAAAGUUUCGCUGUUGAAGACAUUCGAAUCUAUACACUGCGACCGAGAACACGGAUACUAUCCGUCCCCAUCCCAUAA